UCUCAACUUUAUUCUAUAGGAUCUUUAAAGAGAACUACAUGAAAAAUCUAAUCUUGUUAUCGAUUAUUGUGUGACUAUCCCAUUGCAUUUAUGAUGAAGAACUAGCUGUAGACAUGGUUUAUGCUUCAGCCUUAUCAUACUGUCCUUCACAUAAGGUGAUGUCACGAGGUUGUAAGGCUGCUACUGUUGCCACUGAAAAUAUUGAUCUCAUUCCAUUCUUUUCGAAAUCGAACAACAAUUCUUUGACACCUAUCUAUAUGACUCUGAUGAAAAGAGAGUCACAGAAACAGAUUAUUGUUGGAUUCUCUGGGACUAAAGGAGGUGAUGAAUUGCUAGAUGAAGUUACUCAUAUCUUUCCAAAAGAAUAUGACAUUCAUAAAGAUAAAGGAAUGAAAGUCUUUGGGUUCUUUUACGAUCAUUAUAAGGACGAUUUUAGAAAUGAUUUCUUGAAGCAAAUAUCUGAUGCAAUGAAUAAGGAUGAAUAUGAAAACUAUGAUGUGAUCUUCACUGGGCACUCUCUUGGAGGUGCUCUUGCUAUGCAUGCAGCGGCUGAUGCUAUCCUAAGUGGUUUUCUUAAAAAUAAUUAUGUCUAUGUUUACACUUUUGGUCAACCUAGAGUUGGUAAUGCUGAAUUCAUAGAUGAAUUCUUAUCAAAUGUGAAUGGAUUUUACAGAGUCAUUCAUAACAAUGAUAUUGUACCACAUCUACCCCCAUGAAUCCCUGAUUUUAAUGAGGGAUGCAUCAGGCACGGAAUUUUGAUUCCAGUUUUCCCAUAUCAUGCUGCCACAGAAGUACUCUAUGAACAAGGUUUCGGAAGCUAUAAAGUAUGAAGCACAUUUGAAGGUGAAGAUAAGACCUGUUCUCUUUCUAAGAGUGGAAACAGCAUUCCAGAUCACCUCACCUACUUCGGAGUUAAAGUUGGCAAAUUCCAUACUUACGAACCCCAAGAAAUAUAAUCCCUUUGCUACCCAAAACAAAAUGAAACUCAAAAAAUUGAGUUAAAUCAUUUC